GCUCUCCGGGUUUUCUAGCUUGCCUCCUUCUCGUCCCACACACACACUGUCAGAGCGCGGAGUUGACACCCUCUGGCCACUGUAGCCGUUGCGAGGCAGCCUGCUCUUUCCUCAGCUGAAGCUCUCAUUGACUCGGGUCUGUGUCCUCAUGCAAGGCUGCUGAAGAAGCUCUGAGAAUCAGGUUUUUUCUUCUCUCUUUGCUCCUGACUCACUCAGAUCGGACUCAUCAACGCUUCAUUACAGCAAAGCUCCUAAAGACAAGAGGAUAAAAGUGAACGUUUAAUUUCAAGACUUGUCACUGUCUACUAAUACUCUUCACAAUGUCUGGCGAUGAUGCACCUGCUCAGCAGCAAAACGCCGAGGAAACAAAGCAAGAUAAUACACCCAGCGAGGAGCCGAAAGCUGAGUCCAAGCCGGAGUCCCCACCAGUCAGUUCCAACGAGGCGGCAGCCACACCGGCGGCGACCGAGAAGGUCCCUGAGGAAGAGCAGUUCACCUACCGCUCUCUGGUCCUUUCCGGCUACGGGGGCUAUGAUAAGGUGAAACUGCAGGUGAAGAAGGGGAAGCCGGCACUCAAGGCCGGAGAAGUCAUGGUGCGGGUCAAGGCAUGCGGGCUGAACUUUGCCGACCUGCUGGCCCGGCAGGGUCUGUACGACCGGCUGCCGUCCCCACCUGUCACGCCAGGGAUGGAGUGCUCCGGGGAGAUCGAGGCUGUGGGAGAAGAGGUGACGGAUAGAAAAGUGGGUGACAAGGUGCUGGUGCUGAACCGCUGUGGGCUGUGGCAGGAGGUGGCCGUGGUGCCCGCUACCCACACGUUCCUCAUCCCAGAGGGAAUGACUUUUGAGGAAGCAGCCGCCCUCCCCGUCAACUACAUCACCGCCUACAUGAUGCUGUUUGACUUUGGCAACCUGAGGCCCAACCAGAGCAUCCUCAUUCACUCUGCUGCAGGUGGGGUGGGCAUCGCGGCCACCCAGCUGUGUCAGACAGUGAAGGACGUGACCGUGUUCGGGACAGCGUCGGCCAGUAAGCACGAGACCAUCAGCCAGGGCGGAGUCACACACUGCAUUGACUACCGUACACGGGACUAUGUGGAGGAAGUCCGCAAGAUCAGCCCCAAAGGGCUGGAUAUUGUGCUGGAUCCUCUGGGAGGCUCAGACACCCACAAGGCUUACAACCUGCUGAAGCCCAUGGGCAAGCUCAUCACCUACGGUGCAGCCAACAUGCUGGCAGGCCAGAAGAAGAACCUUCUGGCGGUGGCUAAGACCUGGUACCACCAGUUCUCCAUCCACACACUCAGCCUGAUCCAGAACAACAAGUCAGUGUGUGGCUUCCACCUGGGCUACCUGGACGGAGAGGUGGAGGUGAUUCAACAGGCCAUGACCACCAUCCUGGACCUCUAUAAACAGGGCAAGAUCAAACCACGCAUCGACUCCACCUAUCACCUCGAACAGGUGGGCGAUGCCAUGCGGAGAAUGCAGGAGAGAAACAACAUCGGCAAGGUGAUCCUCAUCACCGAGCCUAUGCCAGAGGAGGAGAAGAAAGAGGAGCCUAAGAAAGAGGAGAAGAAGGAGGACAAGAAGAAAGAGGACAAGAAGAAAGACGACAAGAAGAAGGAUGACUCCAAGAAGGAGGACAAGAAAGAAGAGAAGAAGAAGGAAGAGCCGAAGAAGGAGGAGAAAAACGAGGAGAAAAACGAGGAGAAGAAAGAGGAGAAGAAGGAGGAGCCCAAGAAAGAGGAGAAGUGAGAGUGAGGGAUUGAUGGAUGGAUGGAUAGUCAGGCAGGCAGACCAUAGGGGAGCUCUUGUCCUGGGAGCAAGGGUUUGGUUUGGGAGGGGGUGACAGGGCAGGGGAAAUGUGGUGGGGGAGGGAAAGGGAGGUGUGGUGUGUGUGGAUUGGAGUUGGGAGAGCGGGGGAUGGGGGUGGGCUUUAUAGACACAUUGAACAGCAGUCAACUCUGUCAUCCCUACCAUCAUCUCUCAGACCCCUUCCCAGUCCACUCUGACAGCAAAUACUCAGGCCUGGGCCUUUACCCACCCCUCCCCCUCCUCCUCUCUCUCUCCUCCCCCACUCAAGCAAGGGUCACCUUAUUUCUGAAUCCCUCACGCUCCCUCAUCCCAAGGCACCUUAAUGAUAGCCGGGCUCACAGAACAGCUCCUGCCCUCACCUCGCCACCAUGGGAAAAUGACCACUACUAUACGCUACCCUGUGACUCGUGUCAUAACAGUCUGAAGGUGUUGCCUGUUGAGACCCCAGAGAGAGAGUCCGAGAGAGAGACACACAGAGGGACAGUGUGGGUGUAAUUCCCAGGCCUGGGGUGCAUCACCGUUGCCUUGACAACGAUAAUUCGACCCGUUCCAACUCACACAGUGCCCCUCCUCCCUCCAUGUCGACUCCCACUAUGCUAAAUUGCCCUGCCCUGACUUCCACCUGUCACCUCUCCUUCCUCCCCUCUCCCUCUAUUGAGUUGCCCCUCCCCCUCUCCCUAUUGUACAGACAGACAGACAGACAGACAGACAGACAGACAGACAGACAGACAGACAGACAGACAGACAGAC